AAGAAACCAUCACAUACUAAGUUACAUGCAUGGUAGCUGCUAAGCUGGCACGGGGUGUAUGAAACUAAACAACCGUAAUAUAACGACUAUAUCGUUUUCCAGCCACACGAGGCUAAAGUAAGUUACAUUUAAGUUAUAUAACGGCAUGCUUAACUUUGAGAUGAGUAGUUAUGCAUGCAGGUAAAGAAGUUUUUCCAAUCCUAAUGAACCUUCUGUGACAUCCAAUCCAGUUAGACAUUUGUGUAUACAAGUGCGUUUUAGCAGAAAGAUGAAGUUACGUAAAUUUUGUCGGCCUACGUUUAACUUUGUGUAAAACGACGUACUAAGAAUAACGCAGGAAAAUAUUAUAUUUUCAAGUUAAUGGUGACGCCUAUGCUCUGUUUUGUUGCUCUAAAGCUUAAAGAUACAGCAUUAUAGUAAGAUAAGAAUAGUACAACAUGGUACCGUAUAAUUCUAUAUCUUUAAUAAAGGUAUUUUGCCUUUUGUUCUUUUUAUCAACCCCUGCAGCAGUGAUAGUUAAAGUUAUACAAGGGAACUACACGAUAUACCAGGGCAAUGGAUCGCCGCAUCUUGUGCAUGAGAUACCGUUUACGCCAACGCUAUGCAGAACAGAACACCCGUACUGUGUAACUGCCACCGUUCUAUCCACGACCGGUCAUUCUAAUCUUUUCAGCAUUGAAGUUUUAAAUACCUUUGCCUGGGGAUUUCAAGUUAAUGUGACGCGCCAUGACUUGAACAUUCUUGAUGGCCAUAUGGUAGUUAGCUGGGCAGCCCUUGAAGGUACACGGUUUCUCUGCCCACCAAAGCUUAAACAAGCGCAGUUCGAACGUAAAACCAGUGUCAUCAAUAAGAUGAAAUGUGCCGAGCUUAUAUACUGUGACUUUUACAAAGAGAUAACACAAAGCAGAUAUGUCUAUCCUAUUCUACGGCGAUACGACGGCUCUGUUCGAUUUAAGCGUCCAUGGUCCGAUUACCAAAAUAAAUUCGGAGAUUCAGAUAAAGAAUUCAUGUCAGGAAUGAAUGUUGCGGCCAGCUUUACAGCAGUUGUAGAUCCUCCAACGCUUUACGUGGUUGUGAUCACAAGAGAUUACGAACUAAAAUACGCUUCGUACAGCAACUUUCGAUUGAUGGGAAGUGAUUUCAUAAUAAAUUUGAGCGGAUACAAUACAACUGGAGACUCUACCGCACCGGAUUUGCUUUCCGCUUACAGUGAGGGAAAAUUUCGAACAUACGACAGGGACUCUCCAAGCGGUUACGCUGCAAAUGGUAAUACUUCUUGGUGGGAAUACAAUGGCGAAGACCCUUACCAAAUCAACUUGCAUGCUGACCCAUAUUCAGCUAUAAGAUAUAAAGGGCUAAACGGCCCUUUUAAAUUUGUCAGUAUGAUUCUUAAACCAUAAACUAAUGCAGUAUGAUUAACCGACGCCGUGGCAAAGUGUUUAGCGCGUCUGCCUUUAACCCAGAAGGAAUGGAUUCAAGGCUCGUCGCUGCUAUACCAUUGUGGGCGUAUUUGUC